AUGGCCCCUUCAAAGACCCAAGAUACUCCCGAGACUUCUUCUCAAAAGAGUGCCGACCUUUUAAAGCACUCUCAGGACGAGUCUCUCCUCACGGAUAAAGACCGCAGAGAGCUUAUCUUCACUGAUAAGCAUAGCUCUCCAGAUGUCUAUAUUGGCCACAAAGAUACCCUGUGGCACCCGUGGACUGGGACUUUAGAGCUCAAACCUCUGCGCUUUGAGACACGAUCUGGCAGUUUUGUUGUAUCCCUGCGAACACCUGUCGAUGCUUGGCUUGGCAAGCAUAGGCACCGCGGCACCGUUACAGCUGUUACACUAUCUGGCAACUGGCGAUAUAAGGAGUACGAUUGGGUUGCUGGUCCGGGUGACUACGUCGUUGAGAAUCCCGGGACAAUCCAUACGUUAUUCAUGGGCGCUGGAUCGGAGGUAGUGUUUACUAUUACAGGCAGUCUUGAGUUCUUCAAUGAUGAUGAUAGCCUGAGGGAGACGAUGGAUAUCUUUAGCUUUGCACAGUUAUACUAUGACCACUGUGAGAAGGAAGGCAUUGAGCCGAACUCGAAGUUGUGGUAUUAA